AUGACCCUCACCCCACAGUAUGCCGAGGUCAACUUUACAAGGGUCACCCCACUCGUCCACACGGACGUCAUCACCGGGCUGGAUGUAUGUGUCCGCAAGCCCUACAUCGCCACCUGUUCACUGGAUAAGUCCGUUAAGAUAUGGGAUUAUAGUACUUUCGUGUUGAAAGUUUCAAAGACGUUCAGCGAGUCGCUGUUGAGCCUGUCCAUGCAUCCGCGCGGUCACAUCCUCCUCAUCGGCUUCUCCACGUGCGUCAAGCUGCUCAACAUCUUCACUGACGACCUUCAACCUUUCAAAGUUCUGCCCAUCAGUCCGUGCACUGUUUGCAGUUUCGCGCACGGAGGCCACAUGUUUGCAGUGGCGAAAAUGAACAUAGUCGAGAUCUACUCCUCGGUCAACUUCCAACUGGUCUCCCUCUUCAAGACACACCUGGACAUGGUCAGGAGCAUGUGCUGGACUGAUAAUGAUGCCCGCAUCGUCAGUGCUGGAAGAGAUGGAGCCAUCUAUGAAUGGGAGGUGUUGACAGCAAAAAGAUUCUCAGAGAAUGUUGUGAAGGGCUGCAGUUAUUCGAGCAUUGUCUUGGACGGCAAAAACAUUUAUGCUGUUGGAUCAGAUCAAGCUAUCAAGGAAAUCAAUGAUUCCGUGAUAACAAUGGAUCUGGCAUGUGGCAUGGUCCCCAUGACUCAGAUAACGAUGACGCAUUCAAGUCGGAUCAUGUUUUUGGGACUGAGUGACGGACGCAUCAGAUCCAUGAGGUUCCCCCUCACCGAUCCCCCCGACUGGAUCGAGUUGAAUGGACACUGCGCCGCUAUCAGAGGGCUGAGAGUGACAUGCGACGACCACUACUUGAUCUCGUCGUCAGAGGACACUUCCCUCAUCGUCUGGCAGAUCCUCGACAGGCACCUCAUUGGCCAGACCAGGGUGGCGAAACCCUACACUGCCGAGGUGCUCGUCCUGCCUCCUGAUGUCGAAAAGAAGGACAACACGAUCAGAGGCUUGGAGCUGCGUGCAGAGGAGCUGCAGUCCGAGAUACCCUACCAGGUUCUGCAGAAGGACAUCACGUACAACGAGGCACUGCACACCAAACUCAUCCAGUUCUUCGCAGAGGUCGAACUACUCAAAGAAGUUAACAUGCUGCUGACGAAAGAGCAGAAGGCCUUGGAGGAGGCAUUCAUGAAGAGUGUCGGCAAGCUGCAGAAGAAGUAUGAGGACCAGAGUGAAAUUAUCGAGACCCAGAACAAGCAGCUGUUGAUGGCCGAGUUCGGCAAGUACCAGGAGCUGAAGGACAAGGACACUCGCAUGAAGAAGGAGUAUCGGAGGAAGCUGGACGAACUGGACAGGAGGAUCGACAUCACCAAUCACAAACUCAAGAUGGCCUAUGACCUCAGGAAUAAAAAAGUUUGUCCAUUUGUGUACCUAUGCGUUGGUCGAUUGUCUACCUGUCUCUUUAUCAUUGUAGUGAGUAGUAGUAGUAUUGGUAGAAGUGUAGUUUACGAUUUCUCGAGAGAGUGGGAGGAGAUGAAGAGGCAGAUCGAAGAGGACAACGACACUCGCAUCAUGGAUUUUUUGACGGUCUUGUUUGAUUUGAAACAAUAA